AUACAAGGAAACACAAUGUUAACCGAAACAGUGCUCACCACACAGUAUGUGUACCCACAAGCGAUUGUACAGCCUGGAGUCAUCCUUCCAUCCCAGCUGCAGUCGGUGACCUCGCCUUUCAUUGACUAUACAGCAUCUGCUACCUACGCACAGUAUGCUGCCUACGAUCAGUAUCCAUAUGCCGCUUCACCUGCUGCUGGCUACCUUGGAUUUGGCUAUUCCACUCUGCAGCAGCCUGUAAUGGGUGGGAGUCCCACCACCGCAGCUACAGCAGCUUUUGUUCAGUAUCCCUCUCAACCUCUGCAACCUGACCGCAUGCAGUAGAGCCAAACUGAGGAAGGAGCGUUCAGUGAUAAAAGGACCUCGCUCCCAUUCACUUGCAGGGGGCUGUUAUUCUAAGGUGAAAAGACACAUAAGCGAUUCAUGGGAUGUUGCUGUCAGAUCUCUGGGUGACGAUGGAGAGUUGUUUGAAGUAUUAAUGGGAGCAGAUAGAAGCACCGGGGGACUGGGCUUCUCCACGACUAGGAGAAAGUGAGGACUGCAGAUGCUGGAGAUCAGAGCUGAAAAAUG